CCCUGUCUCGCUUUGCCUUCGCUUCGCCAACUAUAAAGCCGGGGUCCUGUGAUGGGUGACCUUUUUGUAUCGAUGUGCAGGGUCAACUUCUUCAGGUCUCUUGGCUGCAACUACAACCUUCUUGGCUCACGUUAACUUGUAAAGAUGGGGUGUGGCCCAUCAGUCCCCAAGUACACACUAGGCGGGAAGGGGCGAAAGCGCCGGAGCAUCAUACAGGAGGUUGCCGUGUUCGUUCCCACUAUCCGCAUCCCGGUGGCUUCCGACAUUGUCCAUCCGCUCAGGGGGCUAGUUUCCAAGGAUCUUGUCGACCGCCUGUCGACGCUCCGUGCUCAUGUCGUCGCACUGGCUGAAGAAAUCUAUUACGCGGACGUCUCAGCUGUUUCGGAACUGCAACACGCGCUAGAGGAAUACUUGCCAGUGGUUCUUGGUUUAACAAUGAAAGAGAGUCGUCUUGAAUCGUCAGUACAUUUCAGAUGGAAGACCUUAGAUGAUGACCAGGAGUGUGGUUUGGCGAGCGCUUGGUAUGAGGUAUUUUCGGUUGUCCACAUGAUGGCGAUGCUUGCAUUGUUUGAGGCCAACCUGAUACUCAUUCCGAAGAACGGUCAAGUUGGUGGUGAAAGGAAGGUUUCAGAAGAUGCGAAGAAGGACGUUGUUGAUUCGUUGCUCAGGGCCUCAGGAUGCUUAGACUAUUCCGUGCAUCGAAUACUUGUUCAGAUACCUGCACAAGUCAAGAAGAGCUUUCCUAGUUACUUGCAGGAAGGUAUGCUUGAGGCCAUCUCAAUUCAGGCAUUGGCUCAGUGUGUAGAAAUACAGCUUGGCCUGGCUUCUGAAUGUGAAAAGGCCUCUUUGUCAGUAAAGAGGAGGCUAGCCUGUGAGCGAGUCAGUUAUUUUUCUCAGGCUCACUACUGCUUAUCGGGAUGCGACACCAGCGACUCAUACGGGAGGAAGCUUCUGCUGUUCCUGAAGUGGAAAUGCAUGGAGGCUAAGGCUGUAGCAUAUUACUACCAUGGUCUUGUACUCGACAAGGGCGGCGAAGCGGCCAACCAUAUCAGCGCAGUCUGCUGCCUCUCUGCAGCCGAUGACCUACUUUCAGACAGCAAGAGAGCCUGCUUGAGUUUCUGCUUGGCAAAUCCUGUGACAAGGGUACCGCCUCCUUGGGGCGUCAUGAAGAACAUGCACAAGAGAAUUCCAGAUGUCGCGUACAAGAAGCUCCAAGUGUACGGGCAUCUGUUUGAACAAGACAAGAAUAGCGCGCUUCAAUCAUUGCCGGAUCUACCGGAGUUUGCGCUGUCGCUGAGACCGGAAGGGUACGAGUUGCCAAGCACUGAUUCGAUCUGGGAGAAUGUCGAUUGCCAACCUCAGAUUCAGAGCCUCAAGGAGCAUCUGAACGAUGACGAAGAUGAAGUAGAUACUAAAUCAUAGCUCACACUUCCAAAUGCUUCCUUCCAUCGUGCCGCUAAAAGUAGCAUAAAUGCCAGUCUAGACUUGAAUUUGCUCAGCCCAAAAGGUUUUGGAUCCAGCAUGCGUCACAACCAAAAAAUGUAAUCACAACCUGUAUCUGUAUAAUUGGAAGUACUUACCAUCUGAUAGUAAAGUCAUGUGUAAUGGAAUCAUAAAUAAUAGGAAAAGAAUAGGGUUUCUUACUGUCAUCUGCUCGUAGAGUUUUACUCUGCCAACUGAAGAAAAACUAUGGUACACAUUUCC